AGACCAUGAAGAGAGAGAUCGGAAGAAGACAGAACAUCUAAGAAAGACAUGUACUAUAUUUUGUGAAUAAACAACAAGGAACGCUUCUCCCCCUGACUUGGGUCCUUUAUUGUUCUACAAAAAGAGCCAUAAGCCAACAGUUGGUGCCGUGACCCGGAUAGGUUGGGUUCUGAGAUCAAUUUCAUCAAACAUCCAUCGUUGAUCAAGAGGAGAAGAUUGCUGACGGUGCACACCCAUUUGGGAGUUGGUUUCCUCAUCCUCUGACAGUGGUUGGUUAUGCAGAUUAUCUACCUGACCCUACGACAACACGAACUGUAUCCUGGUCUUUCCUGACUCUACACAGAUAAAGUGACAUAUGGGAUCAGCAUCAAGACCAUCCUAAUUGACCAACGGACGGGAAGAAGAAUUCUUCACAAUUGUUAUGUGCCAAAUAGAACCAUUGUGAUUGAUAUUUGUGUUGGAUUAAAUACUAGUUAGGAAUUAGUUAGCCACUAGGGAAGUAGAUUCUUACACUACUGAGGUAUAUAGAUCACGAUGUUCAUGUUAAUUGUUUCUUUGUGUUUCCUGGUGGUACAGUGUGGUGGUGCUCUAGUCCCAAACAUUGAUGCACAUAGACAUGAGGAUGGUCAUCAUGGUAUUAAUACAUUUUUGGCCCUUUCCCUACGAUUUGCCAGGACGAUUAACCAGAGUAGUUGUUGGAUUUGCACCCAUACACCGUUCACUGCUAAAGGAGGUAUUCCCUUAGGAGUCAUUCCAUUCAAUCAGUCUGAGAUGUUAGGGAUCUGGAGAGACCUCAGUUGGUUCAAAUUUUCUAUAUGCAAUAAUUGGGGUGUUAAUGACAGCUACUUGCACUCUCGCGGACCAAAUUCUUCUGACCCCUGCUGGAGGGAACCUAAACGAUCUGGAUGCAUUUCAGUCCAGGAUCAUGUAACAUCUUUAGGUGUGCCUGUGAAAUCAUGGCGUCAUAGUUAUAUGCCAGCCUUUGAUAGAAACAGCCCUGAUUUCUGGCGUCGUCCGCCACAUAUAGUAGUUACUAAUCCACCUAGGGGAUGGUUGUGUAUACAGCGAGAACAAUCCAAAAGCCUAAUGGACCAAUAUUCGAAUGCUUUUGUGUUUGUAGGCCGAAGUUAUUGCAACCAAACAGCGGAUCUCUCUAUAUGUGAUGGUACUACUAUCCCUGAGUGUUUGAUGUAUGCCAAUAUAACCCUCAAGAAUGGCACUGAAUCUGUAUUUUAUGCUAACACCUUAGGCAACUUAAUAACUACGGGUAUGAUUGCUCCUAAUGGAACUCAUUUCAUUUGUGGCCCCAAUGCCUAUCCAUGGCUCCCACCUUUAUGGCGAGGAUCAUGUUAUUUGGGUUAUGUAAUUCCACAUGUGAGACUGAGUACAGAUUCUCCCUUUAAAACACGACAUUCACGAGCUAUUACAGAAACUGAAAGGUUUUUUGCUAUUGCAUUCCCUCCCUAUGGCACUGCCAUGUUGGCAAGAGAAGUUAUUAGUAUGGCUAGCUCUUUGGAGGCUUUAGCUAACAUGACCUCUGAAAGUUUGACAUUGCAGUCAGCUGAGAUGGUCGCCCUUCGUACUGUUACAAUGCAAAAUAGACUUGCUCUUGAUUACAUAUUGUCGGCUCAGGGGGGAACCUGUGCAGUUAUCGGGACUGAAUGUUGUACCUACAUACCUGAUAACUCUGAAGAACUGACUGAUUUGGCUGGUAAAAUCCGUGAGGAAGGUGCUAAAUACGAUAAUUACAAUCCUGAUGUUUUAGGUUUUUCUACAUGGUUGUCAUCUAUUUUUGGUAAAUGGGGGGGUUCUCUGCUGAACAUGUUUAUGCCAGUGGUGGUUGUAGUGUUGGUCUUUUUUAUCUUGAUAACACUUGCCAAGUGUGCUGUCGACAGGUGUCUGUCACUCAAAGUAAGGCGCAUGCGCCCACGGGACCUAUGCGAGUACAGGCCGUGCCCAUAUCAGCUUCAGUGUGCCCAGGGUGACUGUGAUACCUGUGCUGACCAACACCGUUCUCCCUCACAGGAUUGUGUUGUAAAGGACAAGAGUACCAUCACUCCCACCGUCUAUCUCUAA